AUGUCGAUACAAUCCAUUUCUACUUCUUUAGAAAAUCCAAGGGCUCGAAGGAUUGCAAGUGAACAUGCCUUUAAGAAUAGUUUUUGUUUUGAACAAGGAGUCUUAUUAUAUUUAUUAAACCAAUAUUAUGAUUUAGUUAUUAAGAGACAACCAAAACGUUCAACCCUUACUUUAUCAUGUCCCCAUGUUGAGUCUAUUCAAAUUGAAAAUGAAAUUUUAGAUAUUGAUCAUUUUGCAGAAGGGCAAUGUAAAGCAUUAUCAUUCCAAUCAGAUUCUCAAUUGAAAAGAAAGACUUUACAAAGAAGAAUGACCAAAAAUAAGAUUUAUUUUAUUCAAAAUUUACUCAUUGAUCUACUUCGAGAAAAAGGACUAUUCUUUGAAUCAAAACUUGCUAAAAUUACUUCUAAAACAAUCAGAUUAGAAAGAAUCAAUAGAGUGUUUUAUAAAAAUAAAUUAUUACUUAAUUGUAAACAAAUCCAUCAAUUAGGAAACAAAAUUAAUAAUUAUUUACUUUCUCUAGUUGAAACAAAAAGGGGCUUCUUUAUUAAACAAGGUGAUGAAACACUUCAUCAGUUUUGGGAAGAAGAAAUAAAAGAGAAGUAUAUUCUUGAAUAA